AGCAAACCAAGUGAUCGGUGAUUAUGAGUGAUUGUGAAAUUAAUCAGAGAAAACAUUUUAAACAAUAAAGUCAAAUUAAUUAGAUGAAAAGAUACCAAAUAUAAUAGGUUGCAUUGUAAUUCUUUUGCUUGUGCUUAAGGCGGAUGCACAAAGUGUUAACAACAGUUUUAAAAAUGGACCGGACAGAUUGUGUCAUAUCCUUAGCGUCUUUGACGGUCAAAUCACCGCUGCUGACACAACCAAAUAAACAGGAGCCCAUACAGCCCGAUAAAAAUGGUAAAAUUGUGAUACCACAUGGCGAAUUGGUUGACCUGCGUUGUCGUGAUGCGUUUAUAAAUACAUGUGAAUACAUACUGAAAAGGAGAUGAAAAAAAGGAUGAGGUGAUGAAAUACGAAGAUAUCAACUGUACCAGCGAGUCAAUACCCACUCCAACGAGAACAGGGCGUCACUGUGGUGACGGUGUAUUGCUGCCUUUCGUCAAUCAGUUUGAGGAUGGAGAAAUAACUACAAUGGAAGUAUGUUUCGACGAAGAUGACCUAAAAACUUAUUAUGUUGAACAUAUCAUUUAUCCUGGAACCAAACAUGGUAAACGUGGUGUGCCACGCCCGAACUUCAUUCAGCAAGAUUUCUUUCGUGGCGUAAAAGUUGAUAAUUGUUACAAGACGCAAUUUGAGACUAUCAGCCGAAUACUUGGCAAGAAUGCUUCGGAAUACAUAACAACACAAAACAGAUUGACACGUGGACACUUGGCAGCCAAAGCCGACCUAGCAUACAGUGGUCAACAAAUAGCCACCUGUAAAUAUUUAAAUUCGGCGCCACAAUGGCCAAUAACAAUGACACGACUUUGUUGUUGGACCGGUACCUGGGGCAUAUGCACCUUGCCAAAUGAUAAGGGUGUACAAAAAGACCUAUAUAUUGAUGAGCAAAAUAAUAAUACGAUACCAGUACCAAAACUUUUCUUUCGUAUUGUCAUCGAUUCUGUUACGCUGAAAGGGAUCGUGCUUGUUGGCGUUAAUAAUCCUUAUUUAACCGAUAAAGAAGUGAAGGCCGGUGGGUUUGUGGUUGCCAAAAAUAUAUCGAACGACAUUGAGUGUAUAAACUGGGCCAAAAAAAUAAUUGAAAAAGGUUACUGUUAUGCCUGUUCAGUGCCCGACUUCAUAGCGGUUGUGAAAGAUUUGCCACACAAUGAUUUAUCGACCACCGGUAUUUUAGACAUGAAAUUACCAUCAAAAGAACAAAAAAUGGGUUCGAAUUCAAUAUUCACGAUACUAAUUUGGAUAGUGAUAUACAUUGUAAUUAUUUUGCUUGUACAUCAGCCGGAUGCACAAAAUGUUAACAUCAAACCUAACAAUUUACAAAUCAACAAUAUUAUAAAUGGUCCGGAACAAAGUGGCGUUGCAGUAAACCUUAAGUUACCGGAGGAAACGAUAAUCAAUAGCUUCAACAAAUAUGAUAAAAAUGAAUGUGCACCUUGUGUCAUCAAAGUCAAUGGCCAUAUGACGGACAAAUCACCGCUGCUGACACAACCAAAUAAACUGGCGUACAUGCAGCCCAAUAAAAGUGGUGAAAUUGUGAUACCUUAUGGCGGAUGGGUUGACCUCCGUUGUGGUGAUGCGUUUGUAAAUACAUGUGUACAAAUACUGAAGGCACAAUGUGACGGCGACCAAAAUUUUCGCAUAAACCAGGAAGUUGUGAAAUACGAAAAAAUUAACUGUACCAGCGUGUCAAGACCAAUUCCAACGCGAACAGGCCGUGGUGACGGUGAAUUGCUGACGUUCGCCAAUCACUUUGAAGAUGGAGAAAUAUGUACAAUGCAAGUAUGUUUCGACAAAAUUAACCUAAAAACUUAUUAUGUUGCACAUACCAUUUAUGCUGGAACCAAACAUCGUAAACUUAAAGUACCACGCACGAAUUUCAGUCAGGAAGAUUUCUUUCCUGGCGUAAACGUUGAUCAUUGCUACAAACAGAAGACACAAAUUGAGACUCUCAGUCGAAUACUUGGCGUAGAUGCGUCGAUUUACAUAACAACAAAAAACUACUUGUCACGUGGACACUUGGCGGCUAAAGCCGAUCAAAUAUUCAGUGGUCAACAAAAAUCCACCUUUCAUUUUCUAAAUGCGGCGCCACAAUGGCAGUCGUUCAAUGGCGGAAACUGGUCGACCAUCGAGGAUGACGUGCGUGAAUAUGCCAAUAACAAUGGCACAACUUUGCUUUGUUGGACCGGUAUCUUGGGCAUAUGCACUUUACCAGACGUUGAUGGUGUACAACAACCGCUACACCUACAUAUUGAUGAACAAAACAAUCAUACGAUACCAGUACCAAAACUUUUCUUUCGUAUUGUCAUCGAUUCUGAGUCACGUAAAGGGAUCGUACUUGUGGGCGUUAAUAAUCCUUAUUUAACCCUUGAAGAAGUGCGGACCGGUGCCUAUAUGGUUGCCGAAGAUCUAUCAGACCAAGUUACUUGGAUUCAGUGGGACAGACAAAAUGUCAAUAAGGGUUAUUGUUAUGCCUGUUCAGUACCGAACUUCACAGCUAUUGUGAAGAAUUUGCCACACGAUGAUCUAAAGACCACCGGUGUUUUAGGCCUGAAAGAAUUAUCGAAAAUGUACGCACAUGCCACAACAACGGUGAAAACGCCAUCAACAAGCAGAGAACGUAUUACAAAAACAACAAAACAGCCGAUGCGUUCAGCGCUCAAUAUUUAUAUCUUGUUCGGUGUUUUCGUUUGUGUUGUUGGUAGAGAAGCGGUGAAACCAGCUGAUGACGUCGCACUUAUACUGAAGCGUGUUGAAGCAGGUGAUACGACGGAGGAGAAUGCGCCAGUACACAACAACAACGCACGGCCAUGCACCAUUGAUACGCAAUAUGAUUUGCCAAAGCCGAACCUACCGCAGCCGCUGUACAUACGUCCGAACUCAACGGAAUAUUGGCUGCCGAACGACGACGGUUUCAUUGAGGUACCACAGGGCAGUAGUAUAGAAUUGAUCUGCACCGCAUCUUUCGCGAAUGCCACUGCAAAAGCGACGGGUAUAUCGCGCAAGACGCGUGUCAUCCGUCCGCGUUGCCACCAAGGCACCACUUUCACGCUGAACGGUGAAAAAUAUGAGUUUCGACAAUUUCUCUGCACACAGCCUGUGAAAUACACCGUGGAGCGCACAGCACAAGCUUGCGCCAACAACACAGCACAGCUGUAUCGCGUCGGCUACAAUUUGACACGGACACGUUUCCUUGAAACCAUGCAGAUCUGUCAUGACGAUGACGAACUGCGUACCCACUAUGUGCGCUAUACUCUCCAACCCGCCAAUCAGUAUUAUCAGCCGGGCGUGAAGCGUUUGAGCUUCUCAAAAGCUAAGCAUUUCACACAAUACGACAUGAAUUACUUCUACUCGCAAAAUAAUCAACAACUACAGGCCGCACAGUUGUUGGGCAGCGAGGACCAAGCGCAAACAUGUUUCGAUAAGAAAUCGCUCUUUCUAUCUCGCGGUCAUUUGGCUGCCAAAGCCGAUAUGAUCUAUGCCACACAACAGCGCACCACAUAUACUUUCUUCAAUGCCGCACCGCAAUGGCAAUCGUUCAAUGGCGGACAGUGGGCGACACUGGAGGAGCGUGUGCGCGCAUUUGUCAAGCAAUCGAAGCAAACGGUCACCUGCUACACCGGCACUGUGGGCACCAUGCAACUGAGAAACACCAGCGGCGACAAACGGCAGCCCUACUAUUUGGCUUACGACAAGAAUAAUAACGGUUUGUUGCCAGUACCAGCACUGUAUUUUCGCAUAAUUGUGACUGCGACUGGACGUGCUGGCAUCGUAUUGCUGGGCAGUAAUGAUCCGUUCGCAACGUUGCGCGAAAUACACGAGGAAUAUGUGAUCUGUACGGAUGUGCGCGAGCAUGUGCCAUGGCUCAAGUGGAUGAAGAAUAGAGUUGAUGACUCGAAGGGCGGAUACAUGUAUGCGUGCAGAGUGGAUGAGUUCUCAAAAGUGGUGCCUACAUUGACGGCGGAACUCGCAAAUGUGUCCGAGUUGUUGGUAUAAAGAAAAUGGAGUUUGCGACGCUAAGCUCGUUUCGAACUCGAGUCUUUUCUAGAGCUUUGCUGCAAUUUACCUAGUGGUGCGCACCCGCUCUUGAACCUCUGUGACAUAAUGGAUAUCGCAAUAAGUAGUGCAAUGAAAAUAGUUUAAUUGUUUAAAUUCCCCUUAAUUAAAAAUUUAUUAAUUUAUUUACUCAGAAAUUAAAUAAUAUUGACAGAUUACCUCAGGCAGGUAAUAGUAAA